UUUUGAAUAAAACCUCGCUGCGGCUUUUUUGAUGGUCUUAUCAAUUUAUGAUUAAACAUUUUGUAGAGCAUUCAUCUUGCCGUGAAGUUUAGCGGAAAGGUAAUGUGACUUCAACUGCAUUACUGAACCCGGUUAAGACCAAAGAGAUCUUUAUGAGUAUUGUAUAAGUUUAUAAGAAUCGAUAAUAAUGUUUCUUGUGGUUUAAACAAAAUCAGUUUUAAUUGUGUGUUAUUCAUGACAUGGAAGCCGACUCAAGAACUAACAAAAAAGUCGGCAAACGCCAAAAGUAAAAACAAUUGAUGCUUUCAGCUUUUGUUUUUUUUUACAUUAAUAGACUUUUCUAUAUAACUAUAGGAGCCGAAUAACGACUUUUGUUAACGGCAACAAUAAUGUCUAAGGAAAAAAAACAACAACAAAGAAUCGACACCGUGGAUGCUGAUGAAUAAUAUGCGUUUCUUUCUCGUCGUUGAUUCAAAUUUGUGCAGAUGUCAGAAUCUUUGUAUAAGCUGUUAAUAUUCUGAAUUGGUGUAUAAUUUUGAUCAAGCUGCUAAAAGAUGUCAGUCCUCAAUUCAUCAUCGAAUGGUACAAGUGAUGGUGGUGUCGAUCRGUACAACCAAACGUUGAUAAUUGCUCUACUAGGAGUCUUGGCUGUGUUCAUCUUCUGUGCUAACUCGUUCGUUAUCUACUUGUAUUUACACCGCUCUGAACUGAGAACCAAUACCAACUUGUGUCUCGUGUUCCUUGCUGUAUCUGAUUUGCUGGCGGCAGUUGUAGUCAUUCCUAUUGUCAUUUUGACCAUGUUGUUGUACCCAUCGGAUCCACAGUUUUCCGUGGAAAAAGAGAUCCUUGUAAUUGUAAACGACUUUGCAUCGAGGUUUGUCGCAUUUUCAAAUGUCUUCCACCUCUUGCUUGUGACUCUAGAGAGGUACAUCAUGAUCGUGUUUCCAAUGCGGUACGUGAAUAUUGUAAACAGAAAAAGAGUUAAAGCAUGUUUACUGUUCCUKUGGUGUUUCUCUCUCACUCUCGUAUUGAUUCAGUUGUCAUGGAUAAUACCGCUGACUAAUGUAAAUAUACAUGCUGAUUUUGUGUACAGCACGACCACAUUCUUUGGAAUAAUAAUACCCGUUUUCUUGUUGCUGGUUUCGGCUUACUAUCACAUCUACCGAGAAGUACAACGGCAAAUCAAAAGCAUCAGGCAAUCCACUCCAGCUCUCUUAACAGAUGAUCCACAAGCAGUACAGCAAAACACGCAAGCAAAGAAAGAUAAACGCCGUGAAGCCCGGGCAGUAAUCAUCUUUGCAGUAAUGCUUUGCGCAUUUGUCAUUGGAUGGUUCCCGUAUUUUAUUUUAGGAAUAGCAGGGGAUAUUAUAGGUGGAAUAGAAUUUUCACCCGCCGAAGCCAUUUUUAUAUUGCUUCUAUGUAUGAGGUUCUCUGUGUCAUUUAUCAAUCCACUCUUAUAUACCUUCUUAAAGGAAGAUUUCAAAAAGGCAUUACGUAAAACCCUCCGAUUUCCAAAUCACGAUAUGGAGCUUAAUAACCGCGGCUGAUGAACUGAGAAGUACUUCGCUUGAUUUGUACUUCUCUGCAGUACUGUAAGCUUAUCACGGAUCUAAGGAGUGUUCAUACAGACAUUGCGGRACCUAAAGAUCUUUUAAAGGGUCUUCAGCGAUCCUUCGUUAGUCACAGUCUCACUGUCCGUCUGGCAAUAUAGAAUUCAUAGGGGUUUGAAUUUGUUAGAUGUUAUCAAGUCCAAGCCAACAUGUUGGUAUGKAAACCUGACGGAUUCUUUUCCAAGGAUGUUGAAUGUUCCAGAAUUCCUAGCUUUUCAUUUGUAGCUGAACUCCUGUCUCCUCUAGCCUCUGACCCCUUUAAAAGAAUAUUUCUUUCCUAUAUAUGUUUUUGAAGGAGCAAGGAACCCCAUCAAAAGGAGAGUCUGUGUGAAGGGAAAUAAGCGCAUUGACGCUUCCAUCGGUAUAUAAUCACUUGAAAGUUGAAGUAGAUUCUAAUAUAGUAACGAAAUGGAAACCCGUGAAAUACUAUCAUGAACUAGUAGUUUCGGUUCUUUGUAUUAAUAUAUUUAUAACAUAUGUACUCAUAUAUUUUUUAUG